CUCUGUGAGUGAGAGUGAUACGGCAGGUGAAUACAGUCUUAGAUUUGAGCUUCGCUCUUACUAAACAUUUUCCUCCUAUAAAAUCUAAACCUGACAGGAAUACUUUUUGAAGUCUGUAGUACAGGUUUCAGCGACACUGCUUCACUUUCAGACUGAGGGCCCACGCUGCCUCUCCAGAAUGUUCUCUUUUUGGAAAGUGUCCUGCAGGUAGCGCUCAAACAAAGUGGGCUGUGGCGUGGAGAUGGUCACUGUGACUGCCUUGCUGGCAAUCUGCAUAUGGAUACAAGCACUAUCUGCCUCAGGACAGCAAACCUGUCCCUCUAUUCACCGUGAGGUGGUGGAUUUCAAAGUAAAAUACUCUUUGCCCUAUUUCCAAACGAACAAACCCAUUCAGAACAUUGUGGUAAACAGGGAUUCAGCUUCAACAGAAGUGUAUCUUGGAUGCCAAAACUCCAUAGUUGCAGUUGAUGAUGCUAUGAGGAAAAAAUGGGAGUUGAAAACAGGACCCGUAGACAGUUCUGACUGUGAAACCUGUCACUUGUGUGACAUAAAAAACGAUCCACAGGAUCCAGUGGACACAGACAACAAGGUUCUUGUUUUGGAUCCUGUUGCAUAUUUUUAUCCAUACUUGUACAUUUGUGGAAACACUCAGCAUGGCAUCUGUUUCUUUGUCAACUUCAGUUCUCCACAGCCUAAACCCAAAUGCUUAUACAAAAAAGAGCACACCUCUUCUACUGACUGCCCUGACUGUGUUGCCAGCCCUCUUGGCACCCAAGUCACCGCCGUCGAGAAUAGAGACACAGCAUUAUUCUUUGUAGCAGCUUCCAUCAAUAACAAAGUGGUGCAGAAAUAUCAACGGAGGUCAAUUUCUGUGCUGAGGUCACUUUCGACUGAAGAUGGCUUCCAUAAAAUCAUGGAUGGCCUGACAGUGCUGCCCAAUCUACGCGACUCUUACACCAUUGACUACAUUUACAGUUUUUCCACCAAAGAGUUUGUCUACUUUCUGUCAGUGCAGAGGGAAAAUCCCUUCAGGAACAACUCAGCCUUUCAGACUCAUCUGGGACGGUUGCCUAUUUCAACUCCAGAGGUGUGGAUGUACAGAGAGGUGGUGCUGGAGUGUCGAUAUGAACCAAAGCGCAGGAAAAGAAGCAGCUUGAAGGACAUUGUGUAUAAUUGGCUGCAGGCUGCCCAUUUAGGACACGCAGGGAAGGACUUCGCUGAAGAGCUGAGGGUCAGCGUGAAGGAGGACAUCUUGUACGGGGUGUUCACAGUGGUCAACAAUCAAGGGGAACGUCAGAGGACCUCAGCCCUUUGCGCCUUCCCUUUGAGUAAAGUCAACCAUGUGAUUGAUAUGGGAGUGGAGGCAUGUUGUUCCUCAGGCACGGAGCAGCUGUCCAGAGGCCUCUGCCACUUCCAGCCAUGUGAGAGCUGCCCACAUGAAAACUCUGAAGGGAAUCACACAUGCAGUCAUAAGGCCACACUGGUCUCAAAGCCGCAUUACAGACUGGACAUCUUCAACAGCAAGAUGAGAGACGUCCUGUUCACGUCUGUUCUGGUCAGCACCAUAGGAAAUGAUACAGUUGGGCAUUUUGGCACCUCAGAUGGCAGGAUACUGCAGUUGAUUCUCACAGUGUACAAACAAACAGUUUUUGCCAACUACUCCCUGGGAGAGGUCGGAGUAUUCAGGACAGCAGCUGCAUUCUCGGAGGAUUCACUUAUCUUUACUGCCGGAAAUAAGAUGUUUAAGGUGCCAUCUGCUGGACCUGGGUGUGAACAUUUUCUGACAUGCCCCAAGUGUUUGACAGCUCCAGGCUUCAUGAACUGUGGCUGGUGUUCUGGAAAAUGCUCAAGGAAGCAUCAGUGUACCUUUGUCUGGAACAAAAAUUCAUGUGCACCUAUCAUAACUCAGUUUUUUCCGAAAACGGCACCUGCUGGAGGGGAGACAGAGGUGACACUGUGUGGUUCAGAGUUUCUGUCUGCUCUGCCACCGCCCAUCAUCAGCGGGAAAACACACAUGAUUAGAGUGGACUCUGGGACCUUGUGUGCUGUCCUUUCCAAAAGAAGCAGCAGUGAAAUGCUAGUGUGCAAAAUUAAUGAAAAAGUACCACACCAAGAUCUGAACUUUAUCCUGGAAAUACAUGAGGGAAACGUGAAGGGCGACUACUCCAUUGAAGGCACGGCCCAGAUGUCUGGCUUCUCUGUUGUGGAGCCUAGCAUAACAGACAUCACUCCUGAUCAUGGCCCCAUGUUUGGAGGAACAACAGUUACAGUCAUAGGCAAACAUCUCUACUCUGGGACCCGAAGAAAUGUUCUAUUUGGAGACAAAAAUUGCACAUUGAUUCCAAGUGAUCCUAAGGAAAUAGGAAAUUUAUCUUCAGUAAUCUGCAACACAGCACAUGCGGAAAGCAUCGGAGAAGUGCCAGUGAAAGUCUUAAUCGACAACCUUGAAGUGGCGACGGCUAAAACAUUUUUCUAUAAGAGAAAUCCUGUCAUACACUCUGUCAAUCCCCGCUGCAGCUUCCGAAGCGGCUCCAAGCUGGUUAUAAAUGGUGAGAAUCUGGAUUCAGGCCACAGAGUUGUGGUUCAGUAUGCUCCUGAAGAUUCUCAAUGGUCUCUUCAACAAGUCUGCAACGGCUCAAGAAACGCCACACACUUGGAGUGCUGGACCCCGUCCUUUUCAGCAGAGAUGCAGGAGGAUAAAUUUAAUGGGGGAACGAUUUCUAUUCACAUAGAUGGAAAAAAUGAUCUCUAUAGCACAAAGUUCAUUUACCAUGUAGAUGCCAAAGUCAUUCCAUUUGAAUAUGAUGACAACAUUUUAUUCCUGAAACCGGGGGACGAUGAAGUUUCACUGCAUCACAACAAACUACAAUCAGUGGAGACAUGCAUGAAUAUAACAAUGAGUAUUGGCAAUGAACUCUGCAAGCAUAAAGUUCUGCUAAAUGAGGUAACCUGCAGGAUUCCUAAAGACCUGCUUGUCCCUGGCGAGGGAUUACCAGUUAAAGUGUCUGUGAAUGGGGAAGAUCACUUUGUGGGCACAGUUGUCUAUUCCAAAAUCAACAACGACACUAUAAUUGCAGGCAUUGUGCUUGGCUUUAUUUCGGCACUGAUCAUAGGUGCUUGCCUUGCAUUGUUCGCGAUGAGACAUCUGAGGAACAAAGAGAGAGCUAACAUAGAACAUCGUUUAUCAACAAUGUCCCGAAAUCGGAUGGGCAGCAACAUUGACUUGUCUCCAUCAACUGACUACAGACAAGGUCACCUGUUGAGUCAGACUUCUGGCUCAGGAGGAAUAGCCUUCCAAGGUUUGACGUAUUCCUCCAGCUAUGAUCAUCUGGCCGUCCCUUUAAUGCCGAGGGACAACGUCUCUAUGGUUAGCUCAAAUCCUGAAUUACUUGAGGAAGUAAAAGACAUGCUGAUUCCUGCCAAGAGGCUCAGAGUUGAGGAGGGACGAAUUAUUGGAAAAGGUCACUUUGGGAUCGUUUAUCAUGGAUACCUAAUAGAUAGCAAUGAGCAAGAAACUCACUGUGCUGUUAAGUCAUUAAACAGAAUCACAGAUUUGGGUGAAGUGGACCAGUUCCUCAGAGAGGGAAUCAUCAUGAAAGAAUUCCACCACCCCAACAUACUGUCUCUUCUGGGCAUUAUGCUGCCCAAGGAAGGACUUCCCUUGGUUGUUCUGCCAUACAUGAAACAUGGCGAUUUGCGUCAUUUCAUCCGAUCUGAGCAAAGGAACCCAACUGUGAAGGAUCUGAUUGGAUUCGGGCUUCAGGUUGCCAUGGGUAUGGAGUACUUGGCGCAAAAAAAGUUUGUUCACAGAGACUUGGCUGCAAGAAACUGCAUGCUGGAUGAAACCUUCACAGUAAAAGUAGCUGACUUUGGCAUGGCGAGGGACGUCUAUGACAAGGAGUACUAUAGCAUUCAGAAUCACAAAAAGGCAAAGUUGCCAGUGAAGUGGAUGGCAAUCGAAAGCUUGCAGACACAGAAGUUUACAACAAAGUCAGAUGUGUGGUCCUACGGUGUCUUAAUGUGGGAGCUAAUAACCAGAGGAGCCAGCCCAUAUCCAGAUGUGGACCCCUACGACAUCACACACUACUUGUUGAAGGGCCGAAGACUUCCACAACCACAGUACUGCCCAGAUACUCUCUACUCCAUUAUGCUAGCGUGCUGGGACCCAGAACCUGAGUGCAGACCCAGUUUCCACAGCUUGGUUGCAGAAGUGGACCAGAUCCUGUCCUUUUUGGAAGGCGAACACUACAUCAACCUGAAGGUUACUUACAUCAACUUGGAUCAGCCCAGACCAUACCCACCUCUAAGUGUUUCUGCAGAUGAGGCUGAGGCCUCAGACUUGGACUCAGACGGCCACUCAACCAGCUGAGGUUGCAGCGAUGCAAGACAGCCUGAAUCCCCCGAAAGGAUGAGAAUCUCAAGAUCGCAGUGAGGACGUUUUCAUAUAGAAAAGGUUGUUUUAGUAAACUGUUGAUGAUUUUCCAACCCUGAGACUUUUCACUACUUAUAUUUGAUAUAAUAAGUUCUAACUGGAGAUAAUGAUGGAGGCAAUUUCUCAUCAUUCCUAUGUAGCAGAAUAGAAAAAAAAUAGAAAGAUUUUUUUGCAGCACUGGUAAAUAUGAGACAAAAUGAAUGUAAGAGCAGUAACGACAUGUUUCUCAGAAUUUUAUUUUUGUUGAUAAUUGCCUCAAGUGUUUUUAUUAUACAUGGAUAUACAGUAUGUGAAAGAUGAUUUGUAGCUUCAAAACAUGUAUCUAAUUCAUUUAUAGAGAAUCACUACAAUAACUUUGCAGGUACUGGAUCAUGCCGAGCUCAUCGUGCUUUUGUAUGAGAACUGAUCUCAUACUCAUAUUCAUAUUUAUCACUAGAGGGCAACCAAGGCCUCAAUCUAAAGAGAACUGUUUUGCAGCAAGGCUUUGGCAGUGCAGUAAAACAAAACAUCACCAAACCGACGUGUUGCAGAAACAGUAAAGCUGUAUUUAUCUGAAUCUGAUACAGACAACGUAACCAAACUGAUACUUUCAGUUAAAUCAACACAACACAGAAGACAGCGUGACACAUUUUUUGUCGAAUAUUUGAUUAGUAAAUGUAAAAAUGCAUGUACACAAUCAAGGAAAUUCUAAAUGAAAGUGCUGAUUGUUACAUUUGUUUAAUGACUUUACGACAUGGUUCUCCUAAAACAACGAAGACCAAAAAACCUUUCUACAAGGGACAGUGGCGUAUUUCUAAUCUCACCACUUGACUUUUUUUUUUUUAUCCAGGACUAUUUUAUUUAUUUUUUACUAAACUGCACUGAGUAUUUUUUAAAUAAACACUUAAUAGACAAAUAUGUUUUCUUGUGUCACUGCUUUAAAUUUACUAAAUAUAACAAAGAAGGUGACCUGGUGCUGGGCUGAAUACAAAAUGGUUCCACAAGCUCUCUUUAACAUUGGGAAAUCACUGCAAAAAGCAAAAGCAUAACUAGUUCAUCAAAGCUGAAAGUGAAAAUAAUCCUGACUGCAAAGGCAUAAACCUGAGGCAGGAAAAGCUUUUAUUCUCUGCCAGGUCUGAAGUGUGUCAACCCGACCAGAGCAAAACGUACCUGCCUGCAACUGAUCUUUGUAUCCUGCUUUUAAAAUAUCGUCUAUGAAUAUUUUAUGGAUCCAAAAACAUUUUAAUGCAUUGCUUUUAGGUUUUGAACAUGUUGCUGUAACAAGAACAUUCUGAUUGUAGGUUUUCAGGUUGUAGAAAUUAGUUGAUCUUCCGAAAAACAAAUAUUAAUAAUGGUAAUAAUAACACACUACCAGAAAGGCACUAUUAUGGCUUUAUUUCUUCAUUUAUGAUGGAUUGUUUUUUUUUUUAUGAGGAUGCCUUUUUGCUUCAGUACUGCUAUUUACUUUAUGUAUCAACUCUUUUUAAAAUCAUUUCAGUCAAUAAAUAAAAUGCUCUGUCUACCAUGA